AUGAGUGGUGAUAUUGCGGAAGAGUUUGAAGCGUUCGCCCCGAUGGAGGAUAUCCCUACGGCGAAUGCUUUCAACAACACUAAAGAAGAAGACAAAGACAAAGAGGAGAAAAGCAACAUGGGAAGCCGAAAAUCAUCCGCACUGGACGAGCUCAACCAAGACGGGUAUUUCGGCCACGCGGACGGGAACUGGAUCGAAGACGACGCCGCGCCGUUGGUUUUAAUGCAAAAGAGUUCAGGCAUGGAUUCUCCAACCUUGAAAGAGGAUUUGAGAGAACUGUGGAGGUUUUACGGGAGGAAAAUCGUGGUGUCGAUGCUCGCGGUUGGGAUUUUGAUCGCGUCAAUCGCGAUUAUUUCGAUGCAAACGACGACGAGGACGUCGUCACCGAAUGGAGAUACGCAUAAAAAAUCGCCGUGGGCCGGGUUCGAUAUCUCGCCGGCGGAGUUGCGAUGGUAUUGGGGGUAUGCGUGGGAACGGAUUCCGAGCGAGUGCGCGAUGCCGGAAGCGCCGUACGAAACGGACGAUAUCGCUUUUUCAGACGAGGAUGGGAAUGAAAUCGACGGUAUUUUGGGGAAGAGAGAAGGGAAUCGAGUGAAUGGGAUGGUGAACGGGAUAUCAUCGGACGAAGAGGCGAUGUUCGCGGGGACGGGGAGAUCGAGACGAAGGGCGUUGGAUAUGGUGUUUUCGAACGCGAAAAGAUGUCCGUUGGAAACGAUUCAGUGUGGUUUUAGCGGGGCAGUGAGCGUUAAACCGCAAUCGUUCGGAACGUGUGCGAUUGUCGGACCGGCUAUUUAUAAAGGGAUGAACAUGGGACCAAAGAUUGAUCAACACGACACGGUGAUUCGACUAGCGAGUAUGCCGAACGAAAAGUUUAAGAACGAUUUAGGCGCGAAGACGAGCGUGAUUUACGCGACUGGGGAGCAAACGAACGCGGACGAUAGUUACACGCCGUUUGGACCGGUGAAUUCGAAAACAGCGGUCAGAGAUGGGUGGGUUCCGGAUAAAUUUUGGAUCGUCGAGGACGAGAAGCACCAAGAGGGCGAGUUGGACGGCGUCAACGCGCACGACGGGAAACCGGUGUUGUGGGUGAACAGACCAUUUCCAUCCGCGACGAAACGGAACUACGAUUCCGAUUUACAAACCUUCGAUUUUCGGUUUUUCGUGAACCGCGUAUUAGCCGCCGCGCACGAAAAAGAAGACAUGGGCGAUGCCUGGUUCACGUUAGGCGCCGACGACGACAUUCCGGACACGUACAAAACCCAAGACCACUACGCGUUACUCUUCAACGUCAUGUUCUCCGGUUUGUGCGAAAGUAUUCACGCGUAUGGGUUUGGAUACCGACCUUUGAACUCCGAGGACGAAACGCUCGCGGUAUCUCAGGCGUAUUACGACGAUAACCCCGCCACGAAAGCGCACUUCGCGUUGUUAUCCGAUAGCUGGAACACUUCGAAACGAGACGCUUUGUUAGCGAAAGCGUUGAUGACGAAUAAUACCAUUUGUUCCUACGGCGCGAGUUAA